AUGAUGGAGCAAACGGGGGUGACUCCGGCGCUCACGACUAACUCCUUCGUCCUCUGCGAGCUAGUUUCUUUAAAAUGGUAUGUGUACGGCCUCGCUCCAGAUACAAACUACAGCGAAAAGAAGACAAGCUCCACAAAGGUAACUCAUCCUGCUGAAAAUACAGCUUUGAUCGUCUACUUGCAACGUCUUCAGCAGCGCAACGCUAUUUGUGUUCUCACUGAGAAUGCGAGUCAAGAAAUCCCUAAGAUACUGUUAAAUAAACUUUGGGUGUUUAUUGUCAACAAUGUGCACAGCGGGGUUCCUGCUGAGCCUCCUACAGGAGUAUGUGAGAUGUCAACAGGAUCGUGGUCGAACAAAGCCAACUGUUUAGACAAAAGCAUCCAGAAACAUUUUUUUGCGGCGCUGGCUUCGAAUCUAAGCAAGAAAUUGGUCGCUCGAGAGGAGUUUAUACUGACUGAAGACGGGUUUUACAAGCCUAACGAUGCCAAGUUUAUCUUUCGCUGUCCGUCACUUACAAAAUUAAACCAUGUCGAAGUCUAUCUAGAGGAAACAUUUCCUACUCCAGCAUUUCAAUUGCACUUUCAGCUUUCCAAUUCGAGCCGUUUAUUGAUAAUGACCUUAGAUGUGGUUAGAAGAGAUGACUCGUCGUCGGAGGGUGAUGAAUUAGGAGAUCCAAGAUGCUCCUGGGAGCGACUUAUGGGGUUGCCAUCUCAGAAGGACCAUUCGGUCGUUGAUGUUUGGCAUUCAAAAGACGGACUAGUACCACGAAUCAUUGCGCAAACAAAGUACAUGAAUGUGGUACCAUGGUUUCGAACAGUAUCAAAGCGUAAACAUCAGCGUCGAACAAAUGAGAACGACGGUAGUGGAGAUGAAGAUGAAGUGAAAAAGGAUGACAAUGAAGAUGACGCAGACGAAGAAGAGGAUAGUAAUCACCUUGAGACGGAGGUGGAAACGGAUGAAAUAUUGCGACGCCCAGUUACUAGUGGAGUGAUGAAGACACAACGAAAGCGUGACAGUGCCGAUUCGUCAGAGACCGAAGAAUCUUUUAUUCCAGUAUCUCCUGACACACAUGUUAAUACGCCUCUUGCAGCAGGUUCAAUUGUCUUGAUGACGCUUCCACAUGACGAUGAGCUGGAUUUGCAUUUUGAUUCUGAAGUCAAGCGCUUCAAGCGACGACGGAAAGGUCACAAAGGCACUAUGGGAAUGGAACCGGCAAUUUCGCUGACACUGGGCCCGAUAAAAUUAAAUGGAACAACUUCAGGAAUGAAGAUCGUGCCGUGUAAUGGAAGAAAAGUAAUAUCUUCAAGUUUUGCCCAGCAUAUGAUGUCCACAAAUCCCUCGUUCAUAAAACCGGAUUCGACAUGUACAAAAUUAAAAAAAGACACAAGGCCAUUAAGUGUGGCUGUGUCGCUUGUGGAAUCGCUGUCCCAUGAUGAACAACAGGAAGCAUUAGAGGGUCGUCCAGUCAAGACGCACCCAUUAUUACAGGCGCUUCAGGAGUAUGUCGAUGAAGAAUCAGAGAUGACUGAGAAGAGGUAUUCAACGAGUGUGUCAGCUAAAAUUAAGUACGUGCCAAAUGCAAAAACAUUUAUUCCGCCACUACAACGAGAUAAUGUAGGCCGGCUUUCAAUCAAUCGUGCAACAGCUGAACAGCUGCGUCGCCGUUUGUAUUCGAAUCGCUUUGAUUAUUGGAAAUCUAAGUACACAAAUUUGCAGUACUCAAGAAAUGGUCGCCAAGCAAAGAAGGAGCAACAACGGCGCCUCUUGCUUAGUUCUCUGGAGAGUAAAUUAGAAGUACAGGAAUUGUCGAAGAGAAUAGGUAGUUUGGAUCAAUUUAAGCUUCGUGAUGGCGAGAUAUCACUAGGGAUCCAAAUGUCAGCAUCCGAUGCAAUGGUUACUUGGCGGCAAGAGCCAAAUGGGAUCGAAAUGUGGUCCGCACAUACAAAUUAUCGGGUUUCCGCUGCGAGCGCUGCGGAUAAAAGUGACAUUAUAGAUCGUGUGCAGCCUUAUCUACAAAGUCUAACGUUGCUUUUGAGAAAGGAAGAUAGGAAUGAACGUGAACUGCAAAGAUCGGCUCGAGAUCGUCGAUGGAUGAGUUUUGAAGAGUUCAUUCGAGCCACAACGAUGUCUAGUGACGCGCAGCGAUUAGAUUGCUGCCAAGUAGAAGAACCGAAGGUAUGUGUGUCCUCGCUCGAAUCAAGCUACCAAGUCGAGCCUGCUAUUAUUUCAGAAUAUUUAUUGCGCGAUCUACAUCCAGUAGUAGCGCCUAAGCCAAUUGAUUAUGUUAUUGUAUGCCCACAGUCUCCAUCACAGUGGCUCGCUUGUCUCGCGCUAUCGUACUUUACGUGCUUUCGAAGUAUGUAUGGACAGUGCCACAUGGGCGAUUUAGCUUCAGUCGAUCUUAAUCAAGUCGAAGGAAAUCAUUAUGUUACAGUGAUUGCUUCCAAUGGACUGGUGCUAGUGGAGUGCGCAGAAAGCGUAUCAGACCCCUUUGCCAAUUUUCGUGCGGCCGGAGACGUCCUACAUCCUAUAUUGUCCUCAGGUGCAAUAAAAAAAAAACAAGCAUUUUCAAGAUCUGCGGUUGCCACAGUAGUGUAUUUAGUUGUCCCAUUUCGUCGAAGCGAUGUAAAGCACAAAAUGUGGGUGCUGGGUGCCUUUUCCAGCGGAUUGUUUGGAACACAAGACAUCGAUAAAGUCAGUAAGUGGAAACCUAGCGUGACGAUCGAGAUGUUGUUCUUGGAUGACUUGUACGAAGUGGAUGUAAAUCCAAGUCCAUUUGUACUCAUGCCAAACUGCUUUGGACUUUAUGAUCGCGUAUGCGAGAACUUGACCCUCAAACCGUGCGAUGGUGUUGUUGGGGUAACUGGACGAUCACGUUUUUUAAGCGAAAGGCUAUACCACUUAGCAGACUGGCGUACAAAGACAUCUUCCCUGGACCCUGACGAUCAAACCGAGCGGCCUUUCAUUCACGUUAGCUAUCUGUUAUCACAAGAUCGUAAGUGGAUUGCUUGCAGUUGUACUGAUGCCGUUGGGUCAGUUCUUGAAACGCACGUCUUUCCGGUCAAGGAAAAAGAAAAUGGUCAGGGUCUUGAAGACGCAUUGUUCAAAAUGAUGCAGAACAUUGUGGAAUUUUACUUGCUUUUCAACGAGAUAAGUGAGCUUGUUAUCACGCGAUUGGCAGGUUUGGCUGGUGCAUCGAAUUUGGACGACGAAGAGCAAAUAGCAUGGAAGCAGUUGCGAUCAAAUCGGUUAGCAAAGUUAAUUUCUCCAACGCACAAGUCGCUAUUUUCACGCAUUUUGCUUGUCCAGUUGACUGCAGUGUCGUGUGAAGAGGUGCAGUUACACGAAAGUCUGUCUUCAACGACCCUAUAUGCCUCCGACGAGGUCGGAUUCGUUGUCAUUUCUCCUCAGGAAAAUAUACCGGCUCGCGACAGCAGUCGUGCCGUAUAUUAUACAGGCAGCGACGCAUGGAAGUCAACAACGUUAAUGCCCGGUCAGCAUCUGCUUACUCACAAGCGUGAGGCGAGAAUACUUAAAGCGGCGCUUGUACUUGUACUGUUUGAAAAAAAAUUUGAUGCCAAAAAUGAAAACGUGAAUCAGUCGGCAUCAUCGAGUACGAUGACCAUUAUCUUGCGGGAUUUUCACGCUUUAACCUAUUUGACGAUGCACCCGAUCACAAUGGAAAGGCAAUCGCCUCUACCUUAUCAUUUGGCAGCAAUUUCAAAAAUAUGCCGCGAGUUGCAGGCACUGGAGACUCAAUUGACUACAGACCCUUUGCAAUUGCGUCGUCACGAUGCCAGAAAUGUCUUAUUUUUAGGAAGCAAGUGUCCGAAAAUACUUUUUGAGCACGAUGAUAAAGUAAGUCAGAACAAGGUACCUAGCUCUCAAUGCUGUAGGCAACGUUACCUGCAACUUGCAGAUAAUAUGAGAGGCAGCAAAGUGAUCAAACCACCAGUGCUAGGACGAAGGCAGUCUAGUGUAUCUGACGACAACAUACAAAACUUUCGCAGCAGAAUUUCGGGUAGGAAUCUCGUCGCAGACCAAAACACAGCAACUUCAUCGCUGAAUGAGUACAGAUUUGCAAGUGAGCCGAGGAAGGACAGUGUUACCCAAUUAAAUGAAGAGCUUGCUAGGAGACAGGAAAGCUACGUUCGACGAGAGCGGCAGUACAAAAUUCGAAUUGGUGAGUUAGAGGCACUGCUUUCUGAUUCUCGAGCUAAAAAGAGCAAAGAAGACAAUUUGGAGGCCGCUAUGGAGCGCGUACGCUCAAUGCACCGCGAUAUUUUGGUCAGUGUCAAUCAAGUGCAAGAUCGAACGAGCGAAAUUUUGCAAGAGCAAGAAAAAGACCUUUUACGAGCAUUUCGGGCACGAUUGUUUAGUGUGCAAGAGGAGCUGGAAUCAGAGAAAAAUAGGACUGAUGAUGGAGCUUCUGCGUGGAUUGAGAAAAGCAAACAUCUUGAAAAUGAAGUCGAGUGGACGAAAGAUUUGGCUGACCGUCUCGACCGUUUGAAUCAAAGCUUGACACGUGAGAAUCAACGACUCAAGACACAAUUUGCCACACAGGAAAAUGAUCGUGAAUUCCUUAUCAAACAGCUCGUGACAGUCAAGAAAGACAAUGCGUCAUUGCGUCUAGAAGUUGGAAGUCUGCGUCAGCAAUUGGAGGAGCUAAACUCUGUGCAAGGGCAGCCACUCCGCCAUACAUUUCUUCCCUCGGCUUCUACCAGUUCACUGCCCAAAAUGCGUCAUUGCGAGUCAAUGGCUACUGUCGCGCUAGCUAAGCGUCCAAACACGGCAGAACUGAACACAAUGACGGUCUCAAAUCAGGAUAAUCGGUACAAGGAGGUGAUAAAGCGAUUGAAGCGCUUAUUAGAGGUGGAAAGACGAAAGCUACAGCAAGUGCGUGCAGCAUAUACGUUAGAACUACAAAGCCACUCGGAGCUUGAAGCAAUUCUUCGCGAAUGUGUGAAAGACGUUCGCAAGGAGACUGCGUACGUCUCGCAGCUUCCACCGGUGAUCAGUAGUGGGGAAAAGCGAUCUGAGAAUCGUCUGAGUACGUCUGAACGGCAAGAACUUGUGGAGAAACUGAUGACGAAAAAUCAGGUGCUUAAGCUGCUGACGAUCAAAGUGUUUCCCGCUCGCAAUGGCAAGCACCAGAUGAUUACAAUGCUUAAAGGGAAAAUGGGUGAACAAGACGAUGCCAUUAAUUUGCAUUCAGCAGAAGUGUCACCUUUACCGAGGUAG